AUGAAAUUUUGUCGUUCAUUAAAUUUAUUCUUUAUUCAAAAACGACGAAUCAGUCACAAUAGUUUUCAUAUUACAACGCCUAUUUUUUACGUUAAUUCAGUUCCUCAUAUUGGUCAUAUCUAUAGUGCGCUUUUGGUGGAUGCACUUUUUCGAUGGAAUUUGAUGCGUUGUGGAAAUUCUCCGAACCAGCCGUUUCCACCCAAUUUUUAUUUUUCCACGGGGACAGAUGAGCACGGAAAGAAGAUUCAAGAUGCUGCAAAUGCAAAGGGAUUACUACCUAAAGACCAUUGUGAUGUUGUUAGCAGCAUGUUUAUGAAUGUCUUCAAAAAAUUUGGCAUAAAGUAUACGCGAUUUACUCGAACAACUUCUCCCGAACAUGUUGAGGCUGUAAAUCAUUUUUGGAAUUUGUUGGACAAAAGGGGUCAUAUUUUCAAACGUUCAUAUGAAGGUUGGUAUUCUUCAGUUGAUGAAUGCUUCUACGACGACUACGAAGUAAUUGAUCAUACUGCAACUAAUGGAGAGCAAACAAAAACAAAAUCACUUGUUUCAAAAAUUUCAGAAGAAAAUUAUGCUUUUGAUUUAUCGCGAUUUUAUGAACAAAUUCGUAAUUGGGCUAAUCAACCAGGAGUGAUAUAUCAAUCUCAUUUAAUCUCAUAUAUUGAUGAUUUUAUGUCCAAAGAUUCGGCUGCUCAAAUUUCAAUUUCUAGACCCAUAAGCAGAUGUUCUUGGGGUAUUCCUGUUCCAAAUGAUGAUUCACAGACGAUUUAUGUUUGGUUUGAUGCAUUAGUUAAUUAUCUUACUGCUGUUGGUUAUCCUAAACAAAUAGCUUCGUGGCCACCAACUAUUCAAAUCUUAGGCAUUGAUAUUUUUAAAUUUCACGCAAUUUAUUGGCCUGCAUUUUUACUUGCAGCUGAUUUACCUUUGCCAAAGAAAUUACUCGUUCAUGGACAUUGGCUCUCUGGAAGAAGAAAGAUGUCAAAAAGCCUUGGAAAUGUUUUUUGUCCUUUAAAAACAGCCGAAAUAACUUCUGUUGAUGGACUUCGCUACUUUUUACUGAAGCAAAUACCUUAUGAACAUGGAGUACUUGGCCUACUUAUUUACAAGAUUUUUUUAUCGUUAUUUAUACAAUUUGUUUUUUAUCUGGUUUUCACUGUUUUCGUGUCGUUCCUUAAGAAAUUUCUUCCAUUUCGUAUGCCGGGUUUUCUGUUCCUUUACUGUUAUUUGUCGUUUUAAUCGGAGAACAUAUAUGAAUAGGGACCUAAAUGCUUAUAAUUUUUUCGGUUUUCAAAGUAUUUCUACCCACAUUAAGUUUAUCUAUGGUUUCUUUGAGCAUGAAAUUGACUCGCUUAUCUUCCUUUUGGUUAUUCUUUAUUCCUCUU